GCUCCGCGCGGUAUAUACGGAAGUGGCUUCUUCAAUCUGACAGUCCGAGUGUUUGUGGUCCUGUCUCGCUAGCUGGAGAUUACUACACAGAAUGACAGGAGUGCGAGGGCCCGGGGAGAGCCGAGACACCGCCAUGGCCGUGGAGCAGGACAUAUUUGACGCCGUCGUGAUGGCGGAUGAGAGAUUUCAUGGGGAGGGAUAUCAGGAAGGCUAUGAAGAAGGCAGUAGCUUGGGAAUCGCUGAAGGGAAGCAGUAUGGCAUGUUACAUGGCGCCAAAAUUGGAUCUGAGAUUGGAUGCUACCGGGGUUUUGCUCUUGCAUGGAAGUGUCUCCUGCUCAGUGGCACUGGUGAGAAAGACAGCAGGAAGAUGAAGGUGGUAGAGGCUCUGAUCACGCUGCUGCAGGACUUUCCCUAUGAUGAUCCCACUUACGAGAAGUUCCAUGAAGACCUGGACAGAAUCAGAGGGAAAUUCAGACAGCUGUGCUCACUGCUCAACGUGCAGCCGGACUUUAAGGUGGCUGCAGCAGGCUCUGGACUUGCGUUUUGAAGACUCACAGAAGAGCACAUGUCUGCACAUUAAGCGUCACAGUGAUUAAAGGCAAGCCUGAGCGCCAUCCAUUGUUCUGUGGGAGGACCAGUUUGACUUCUUCCCCGAGCGAGGCUCUUCCUGAGUGGCUUACAGAGGUCUGACCACUCUGCCUUCUGACAAGGGCAGCAUACUCAAGAGACUGCCUGCCCUUGGGCAGGCCAAGCACACUUCCCUGCUCUAGGCAGUGCUAGCCACCACCUGCUGCAAAGCAACCCUUACCAGGCAGUCAAGAGACUGGCCAGAGUGCCUGGUCCUGGGUAGGGUUAUCCUGAGGGUGGGACUCAUAGAGUCAGGCUGAUGUGAAAUGGUAGGAAGCCAUGACAGGGUCUUUGCUGUCUGCCGAGCCUCUGCUGGCCACGCUUGGGCAUCCUUGUUUCACGCCAUCCCUCUGGCAGCCCCAGAGGUGGAUACUGUUCUGGCUUAGAGGUGAUGAAAUAGACCCAUCUAGUCUAAGGGCCUAGCAGCAGAGCUGGCUGCCACCGCAGGCAGUACCACAUGGUGCCUCUGCCUCCAGCAUGUGCUGUCAUUGCCAACACCACUGGGAGACCCAGAUUCCUGCUGUGUGCACAGGACUCAGGCUCCAUUGUACUUGGUUUGCCUCUGGAUGCCCAGCUGAGAAGACAGGGGCGGCCUGAUCCUGAGGAAGCUGAAGCAUGGCCUUCAUGCUGCCCCUAAACAGGUGUGGGAUGAGCUCUACACAUUCCAAAGUGGCAAUGGAGCCAGGCGGUGGUGGUGCAUGCCUUUAAUCCCAGUGCUCCAGGGGCAGCAGGCGGAUCUCAGAGUUUGAGGUCAGCCUGGUCUACAGAGUGAACUCAAAAACAAACAAAAAGUUUCACUGGGGGAACUACUGGAAUCUCAGCAGGACUAGAUGGUGGUCACCACUGUGAAUGUGUAGGGCUUGCCUGGGUGACACUGUACUUCCUUUAGCAGCAGCUUGUGUGUCUGGCCGGUAUUUACAGGCAGGUAUAAGGUGAGCUGGCAGGAGUGGGCUCAGUGCUCCCAGGCAUUCCUGUAGAGAGACUAUCUUUCAUUACCUGUCAAUUAAAAGGCUAUGGCCUAUGGCUUAGGGAGGAAAUAGAGGCGGAACAUUUGGGAGGAAUAAAGGAUUCUGGGAUACAGAGGUGGGAGAUCCACCAGGGAAGAUGUGAGGAGAUGGGCACAUGGUAUCUGAGCGCAGGUAACCAGCCAUGUGGCAGAAUACAGGUUAAAAUAAAUGGGUUAUCUUUAGUUAUAAUGUAGUCAGAGUAGAGUCUAGCUGUAUGUCCAAGGUAUUUGUAAAUAUAUUUUGAGUCUGAGUCUUAUUUUUGGCAGCAUGGAGCUGGAAGGAAGAACUGGGCCUAACUUGUACACAUGUCACAGGCGUGGGCACACUGACGGCAUGCAUCAGUAUGCCCUCCUUUGGGUCAUUGUAUCCUGGCUGUCCCUACUUAAGUUUCAUGUUGUGACAGGGCCACCAUGCAUGCUAUUUGGAGUUUUGGUUCUCUGUGAUUUUAAUUUUCUUUUACAGUCAGUCACUACAUAGUCCAAGCUGGCCACAAAGGGUGAUCCUCCUGCUUCUGUCUCCCAAGUGCUGGGAUCUUAGGCCUGUGGCCCUAGGACACCUUCUUUUUUGUUUUGUUUUGUUUGUUUGUUUGUUUUGUUUUUCAAGACAGGGUUUCUCUGUGUAGCCCUGGCUGUCCUGGAACUCACUCUGUAGAACAGGCUGGCCUCGAACUCAGAAAUCUGCCUGCCUCUGCCUCCCAAUUGCUGGGAUUAAAGAGGUGCGCCACCACUGCCCGGCAGGACACCGUUUUUUAACAUCAUUGCACAGCACGGGUAGAGAGAGCUUUGUGUACCUGAGCUGUUCCUCCUUCCAUCAGCCCAGCUGAGGCAGUGGUCGGGCUGGGGCGGGGCCUCUCAGGUGUUCAGCACCACUCUCCCAGCUGCUCCCAGGAUCAGGUACUCUUCAAUGUGCUGCUCUGGGUACCAAGCUCGGAGGGCUAUGGCUGCUGGUACCAUCAUUUUACUUUCCUAUUAUAUUUGGAAAAAAGAAUAAAUGGUGUAUUUUAAAGCA